CCGAAAGUAGUUUUUUUUAUUGUUGCUGACGAACCGCUGAUAAAGAUUUGUUAGUUAUUAUUCUCAGACGGAGUAGCUACAAACAACGACAUAGAAACCAUCGCUCGACCUUCGUGUGGUGAAAGGAAGGUUUUUUCCCAAGUGGGCCACUGAAAAGAGGGAGCCAGGUUGAGAGAAUAGAACGAAAGGAGGAGAUUAAAAUGGAGGUGGAAGAAGAGGCAACCAAGUCUGAAGAAGUGCAGGUGGAUGCUGCUGGCAGCGAAGAGAAGUCAGAUGAAGCUUUGUCUAAUGGUAGCCGCACAACCCUUAAGAGGAGCAGGGGUAGGCCGCCCAAGAACCGAUCCAUCUCUGAAUCAGAUCGAGCCUUAUCCAAUGGUAGCUCCACAACACCUAAGAGGGAACAGGGUAGGCCCAAAAGAUCAGUCACUAAGAAGGGAGGAGCCUUGUCUAAUAGUAGCACCACAACACCUAAAAAGGGUCGGCCAAAAAGAUUAGCAUCCAAGUUAGGUGCUAGCCCCAUAACACCUAAGAGGGGAAAGGCCAAAGGAUCAGUGUUCACAAAACCCAAGAUGCUGAAAGUUAUAGGCAAGCCGUCGCGAGGCCGACCCCGUAAAGUGGUUGGCCCCUCUAAGAAGUGUGGCCGGCCCAGUAAAGUUAAAUCAAAAAGGGGUAGGCCAAAGAAGAUCCUAACACCCGAGGAGGAAGAGGAGAGAAAGAAACUGGAAAGCCAACCAAGAGUGUUGAAGCCACUCGGAAGGCCGCGCAUCUAUCCCCGCAAUGAUCCUCCAGUCAUUGAGCCUAGAGGAAGAGGCCGCCCACGCAAGACAAAGGAUAAAAGAGGUGCUCACUUGCGGAAAGCCCCCAAUCCCAAACCCCCCAUCUAUGAUGGUCCCCCACAGAAAAGGGGCCAUCCCCCUAGUGCAGCAAACGAAGAUAAGAUAGAGGCAGAGCAAGAUAAGGCCAACAGUGAACCUCCGGUCAAACGAUCCUGCAACUCCAACGAAAAAAGCCAGGAAGGAUUCCCUCCAGUGGAAGAAUCUGAUCAGGAAGAUAAAACAAGGAAGGUAAUUGAGGAUAGUGAAACAGGAUUGGUGAACUGAGGAAACCAGGAAGGUGAAUGGAGGAAAGUGAAAGAGAAUACGGAUGAAUAUACAGAAGACACCAAGCCAGUUUACCCCCAGUGACCGCACUAGCUUUCUCGGGGCCGUAAGCAGGACGUUGUCUAGCAACAGUCCGACCAGCACAAGUACUGUUAGUCUACACCUGUUGUUUACGAUGCGUGUGACAAAUACAUUUGAUUUGAACCCAACAUCUCAAAUUUCUACAUUAAAAUGUACAGAUAUUCACUACUUGUGAGGGUUUUGUUCCUUUUAGUUUGCUUAUCAACAUUACUCCAUAGAUAUUUUUAUGCUUUAUAUUGGCUGUCAGUCCUGAUCACUAGGCCUACUUUGACAUAACCAGAGGAGUAACAUUUCAAACCGGACCGCUUGUGAGAUUUUUUUAUAGGUUUUAGUCUCCUUGCUCAAUUGAGUCUCUCAAUUUAGUCAAUGUUUUCUAUAAUUAUUUUAUCAUCUUUAGGUGACAUUUUAAUGUUGUUUACAAAAAUGGUCAAUAGUUAUCACUUAAGUGGAUGGCUUGGUUUCACAGACCCUGGACAAAUGUUAGCCUACAUAAACGUGUAUGCAUGUAUUGGGCUAUAUCAUGAUAUCAAUAGUCCUGACCAUUGAAAUUCCAGUAUAAAUUCAAUCUGUACAUUCCUUUAUGUAUGCACCUGCCAAUUUAAACUCUGUCACUGACCGACUGCAUUAUAUAGCCUAGAGGAUAUCUAUCGAGAUACUGUAUCUCUCUCUCCCCCAUAUUGUACAUCAAUCCACUGUACAUUUUACAUUUGUUUAUUCAUCAUUUUUACUAUGUUUUUGCUUAUAGCUGUAUUCAUUCACUAUAGUUUGCUCCUCAAUUCAUGCACCUUGGUUGAAGAGCUAGAUAGUGUUCCCUUCCUAUUGCAAUAAUACUGUACCAAAAGUGACAUUUGGGUAAACAUAGUAUAGUGCAAUCUUCCAUGUUCUGAAUGAGGCUAAUUCCUGUCACUGAGUUUCAAGUAGGCCUAAUUUUAGUAGAGCAAUGCAUUUGUUUUUAAUUUGGUAUUUUCUCAUACUGUUUUAUGUCGCUUGGGCCAACCUUUCAUAGAUGCUUGGUUUUUCAAAUCCUAAAUGACCCAUGUCCGCAGUUCUGGUAGGUCCAUGAUUGUCUAGGUUGAGGGGAAUUUCUGAUUAAUCCAGAACCACGUCUGUGAAACCACUGACGGUAACAUGAAUUUGAGUUGUGUUUUCAGAGUGCGUAAAUAAUGUGUACAUUUACUGCAAUAAAUGUCAAACUUUGUAUUACAUGUGGUUUUUAAAUCUCAAUAAAAAGCUUAAUGUCCUUA